AUGGCUUACGAGGCGGCUCUGGCCGGCGGAGUGGGUCUGGCCCGAGAGGCGGGUCUGGGCUGGGAAGCAGUCGCUUGGCGCCUGCCCGGCCCGACCACUGACAGCCGUCUCCGGGAAGGUGAAGAGGUGACCCGGUACUGCUCCGAGGUACUGACGUCACAGCACGGCUACCUCAGCAACCCGGGCUACCCGCACUACUACCCGGGCGACCUCAACUGCUCGUGGCACAUCCGGGUGGACGAGGGACAGCGGCUGCGGAUCAGGGUACACGACCUGAGCGUCAGAGGGGUGCGGCAGGGCACCGCCGGCUGCACCGACUUCCUGCGCGUGGCCGAGGGCCGCCGCCUGCUGUCGCUCGACUGCGGUGACCUGGAGCGGCCGCUGGUGCUGACCUCGCGCGGCCCCGAGGUCACCGUCACGCUGUGGGGCGAGGGUCAGCCGCUGUACCCGCACAGAGGCACGCUCGUCCAGUACACCGCCGUGGGCUGUCCGUCGCCGUCUCCGCCGCGGGACGGCUACAGUGUACACCGCAACGCCACCCACGCGCACUUCUCGUGCUGUGUCAACUUCGUGUUCGCCGACACGCUGAAGAAGGACCGGCUGCUGCGCUGCGUGGACGGACACGGCUGGAACGACUCGCUGCCGCGCCAGUGCAUUGAUGUCCGGAUAUUGAUGGAGUUUGCGAACGCCACGGUGCGUCGCAUUCUGGAGCAGAAUCUGGUGACGCCGCGGCCGGAGGUUCGACCGGUACUGCAGCGCGGCGGCAGCAUGUUCGUCGAUACCAUUCUUCCAAGCAUUAUUAUGGUCGUCUUGAUACUCGGCAACUGCGUAAUUGUUGCGAUUAUAAUGAAAUAUAGGAAGCGGGACCGACCGACCCCGCCCUCCCGCGAGCUGGUGGAUCUCAGUGAGCCAGACCCGGACUCGGUGUAGCCGGGCCCGCCUCGACCCUGGCCCGCGCCUGGCCGCGCCACCUCACAGCCAGCCUGGGGGGCCGGCUGGCCAGCCCGGGGCUCUGCCCGGAUGCCGGGUGGUGUGGCAGGACCGGAGACGGCAGCAGCCGGCGUCGCCGUGUGGCCGGCACGAGCCGCACCGCCCUGCGCCCACCCAGCGACCGACAGACGUCACGCACCAGCGGCGCUCCCCAGAGUUCCAGGGGAGCGCACUCACCACUGCCAGAACCGCGCCGCCGGGGACCACUGCGGCCAAUCCGCUGUUCAUGCGCCGGCGUAUUUUCUGCGUUCAUUAAUUUAUCUCGCGAGUUUUACGCACGCUUUAAUGACCAUUAUCGUGUUAUGUUAUUUUAUUGGUAGCGUUGAAUCAACUGUGGUCGCUGCUUUGGGCUACGUUUAGAUGAGUGUGAGACGCGGGCUUCUAGGUGGCAGCCGGCCGCGAUGCAGAUGCGUAGCCAGCACCGACGGUUGGCCCGAGAUCGCCAGACACGGAGUCGCCUUGUGAGUGUCUGUGAUGACCUGACCGCG